AUGGCAGAAAAGCAUUCAGCUCUGAGCUUAUUACUGAUAGAGACUCUGAGCUCUCCUGCAGCCUCUGCCAGCUGGGGACCACAGUACCAUGACCACCUGCCCAGUUCAGGUUCUAUGGUCGCCCAUGCAAAACCUUCCCCGUCUGCCCCUGACUGGAGUAGUUCAAAUGCAGACAAUCAUAUUGGUCAGGAAUCAGCCUCGACUUCAGGAAUUCUGAGGGAGAAACUUUUUUAUGAGACCAAGAGAAGGAAAGUGCAUGCGUUCUGGAUGUUUGAUUCCAUGGGCCAGUCUGCGGGGCUCAGCACCCUGAGGAAAAAGCAGAGCAGCAAAGAUCUCCUGCGAGAAGCACAGUCACAGUCCAGUGCCCCCAGUGCUAGCCCAGUUCUCCCCAGUCCAUCUCCAGUGCCCUCAGUCCCAUCCCAGUUCUUCCCCACUACCCCCAGUCCCUCCCCAGUGCCCCUAGUCGCACCCAGUGCAUCCAACUCCCUUGUAGUGUCUCCAGUCCCAUCCCAGUCCUUCCCCAGUGCGUUGUGCUCCUUUUCCCUGUGCAUCCCAUUCCCAUCCCAGUCACCUUGCAGUCCCUCCCAGCUCCCUCCCCAGUUCCCCCAGUCCUAGCCCAGUGCCACC